AUGAAUUCGAGCACUGUUUUGAUAUCCAGACAAAAAUUAUAUGAUAUAAUUAAAAGUUCUGGAUGUGAGACUAUUGAUAAAAAAUUUAAUUUGAUAAAAAUCGAAAUAGAAAAACGAGUGAAAAACUGUGAGCAAAAUAAUGAUUUUAAAAAAAAAUUGUCUUAUUUCAAUUCUGAAUAUAAAUCUCGUUGGGAAAAGGCACAUAGAGUGGAAGAACGAUUUAUUGUAGAAAAUAAAAACUGGUUAAAUGCUUCUAUUAAAUUUGUAUCUUUAAAUAACCAGAAUAAUCGUGGUCGUCCAGUAGUGGCAUUUGAGAUGAGUAGUGAACGAAACAAGCGGAAAAUAACUCAAGAACUGAGAAAUAAUACGUCUGUUAAUGUGUUAAGUCAUGCAACACAGAUGAGCUUAAGAGCAUCGGGACAAGUUGAAGUCGCAAAGUUACUGAAGGAAAUAACUACAUCCACUCCCACACGUGCAAGUAGAUAUAGAAAAGUAUUUAAGAAGCAGUCUGCACAAGCACCUAAAAAAUUAUCGGGUGAAGAUGCUCUAGCUGUUAUAGUAGAUACAAAGCUAUCUAGACAUCAGUACAAUAUUAUUUGGACGAGUGCCCCAGAUACAUUUCCAUCAUACAAAGUCGUACAUGAAAGUAAAAAACAGUGUUAUUCAAAACCAGAAAACAUACAAGUAACUUCUACAAACGCAGAAGUUUCUUUACAAGCAUUACUUGAUCACACAGUAGAACAAUUUUUUUUUAGUGCAAAAGCCUGUUAUUGUCUUACUCCGAGAAAAUAA